AUGUCAGAGCCCUUGUCCUCCACGGAGGGUUCAGCCGCGCCAGCUUCCGAAGGGAAGUCCUGCAGCAGCAAGGGUGCAUCAAAAGGGAAAGGCAAAUUUCCCAUGGUGAAAGGUGACCUGCCCCAGAAAGGAAUGGGUAAGGGUGUCUACAAGGGCAAAGGCUCUCAUGGGGAUGCCAACGGGUCCAGUCCAGGAUCUAAGGGUGUUGGAAAUGGAGAUGCCAAGGGAUCCAAGGGUCCAGUUAGCCCAGCUGAGCCGAAAGGAUCAAAGGGUGUUGGAAAGGAAGAUGUCAAGGGGCCCAUGGGUCCUAAAGGAAAGGGUGUUGGGAAAGGAGAUGGGAAGGGUUCCAAAGGUACAGUUAGCCCAGCGGAACUUGAAGUUGGAAAAGGAUAUGCCAAGGGGUUGAAAGGUCCAGGUAGGCCAGGUGUUGGAAAAGGCGAUGCCAAGGGGUCCAAGGGUCCAGCCAGCCCAGAGGAAGGAAAGGGAAAAGGAGAUGUCAAGGGGUCCAAAGGUCCAGCAAAAGGAGAUGCCAAGGGGUGCAAGGGUCCAGUUGGCCCAUUGGAUCCUAAAGGUGUUGGAAAGGGGGCAGGGAUGAAUGCAAAGGGAAAGAAGGGUGGAGUUGGGGAAACGAAAGGAAAAGGCAAGUCUGGCAACGGAUUGCCGCCUGGAAAGCCGGCUGAACCUUUGAAUGACGGAGAAUCUUAUUUGCAUUUUCCACAUGAGAACAAGGAUGACCACACGAAUGUCACGUCACAGCCCGAGAAGGUCACGCCGGAGCCCAAGCCCAGUGAGGAACCACCUGCUCCUGCGAAGGAUUCUCAGCCCAUGAUCAUGGAGCCCCCUCCCGCGAUGUUUAGCGGCUAUGGUUCGAUGACCCCAGAGGAUAUGGAAAAGCAUCCUGCUGUUGUGAUGCAGGAACAUGAGUCCAAACUUAGAACUUGGUGCAAGGGGCAGACACAGAGAGAUUUGAUGGGCCAUAUGAAGAAGAUUGCAGGGCAUGCGUACUACGACAAGUUUAUGUCUCAGUUCAACAAUCGAAUGUUUGGUGAAAAUGGUUGGACGGAUCUUGUGGAAUUUGACCUUUGGUUGAAGAAAUGUGAGAUUUCCGAGAAGCUUGGGAGAGCCAGGCCUGUAUUGCCUUCUCCCCCUUCAAAGGUGACAGCCGAAUCAGCCGAGCCAGCCAAGCCAACCAAGCCACCCAAGUCAACCAGUGUUGAAACCAGUGACAGCCUGCCUAGCCUUACCCCUGAAGAAAAGGAGAAGUAUGAUGACUACUGGAAGCAGUUCAAGCCGUCUUGCGAGUCACCAGCAGCCUCACCUUCAGGUUCUGUGCCUAGUGCUACUACAAAGACCCCUGACUGCAAGAGACGCUUGGACCUCGGGGAAGGACUUCGGGGGCCUGGAAUCUUGCGACGCAGUACAUCUGUCUGCAGCGAUGGCACUGGAGAUGUUCCCAUGGACAAGUUAGCGGUGAAGCUGUUGACACCAGAAGAUGCCAACAGAAUCAAGGCGAUGACUUCUAUCGAAGAUCUGGACCCAGCGGAAAGGAAGAGACAGCGGGAAGCCUUGCGACGCCGCAUGCAGCAGCCAGGUUUGCGUCCUGGCCUUUUGCAAAAGUACCAGAAUGCCAGCACGAGCGAUGAGAAGUUUCAGCUUCUCAAAGCUUUUCUUUUAGACCCUGUGUCUUUGUCAAGUGUGACCAUAGAGACAUGCUAUGAGGAGAUGGCAGAACACGCAGACCGUUCGCAGUGGAUCGAAGUCCCGCUUAGCGUACUGAGGCGCCAGUAUACAACAGAUGCAGAGAAACGCUUCCUGGAAGAAAAAAUCGUCAAGGUCCAGAGUGGCCGAAAUCACCCCCAGGAUCCCCUGGGGGAAGACCCCGAAAUGAAACUGUACUGGGUGUUCCAACAGAAUACAGACGAGAAAAACAACAAGACGGCUGUGGGGCAUAGAAUGGUUGCUUCUGCCCGUGUGCCGGUUGAAAACAAAGCCGCAAGAACUGCCAUGGCAGACCACGUUGUUGCCAAAGGUGCUUCUUUUGGUGGCAAAGGUGCAAGUGCGGUGACUGAUGUGGGAAAGGGAAAAUCAAAAGGUAAGGCGGCAAAGGUUAAAGCGGCACCCAAGAAAAGUCCCAAGGUGAAAACAGCUGAGGAAAUCGAGAAGGCAACGUUCAAGAGCAAGUUGGAUCAGUGUUCAAAGCUGGCUGGAAAAGCACGAACGACAGCUAGCGCUUUGAGGGAAGCUGGCAUUCCUCACCAAGAGGCGAUUGUCAAAAGCCUGGGCACCGCCUACUCAACCUUGACAUCGCUGGUCCAGAAGAUUUCCGACGACAUCUUCAAGUCCGUCCCGUUCGAGACCUACAAGCAGCGUUACGAUGACAACGAGAAAUACAUCGAGGACGCAGUGCAAGAAGUCCAAGCUGCCAAUUCGAUCAUUGAGAGCCACGAGAGACGCAAAGCAGCCGAGAAGCGCAAGUUAGAGAAGGCCUCCGCAAAGGCCAAGCCAGCCGCAGCCAAGAAGCAAAAGCAGGCCUUGCAGGCGCAGCCGGCCAAAGAGGAAACGGAACCCGUUCCAGAGGAAUGGCCGGAAGAUGAUGACGAUGUGGAGGGAACAGCUGUGCGGACCAGUGCUGAUGUCGUUAAGACUUUGGUUCAUGACUUCCUUGAAAUGCUGGGAGAUGGGGAGGCCGACCGUUUGAUUGAUGUGCCAGUAUACUAUGAGGACGCCAUGGGUGAACAGGAGAAAACCGGAUGGCAUGCUAUCUUGCUUCCACACGAAAUUGUGGGCUCCAUGCACUCCUUCCCACAUAUGGAUCUCAUGAGCAGAUUGAUUGGUGACUUAGAAGAAUUUUGGUCGCACGAGGUGACAACGGAGUGGUUCAAAACGCACCCUAUCCUUCAAGUGACAGACCCUGGUUGGGUGAUACCUCUGCGAUUAUUCGGAGAUGGUGCCGAGAGCUAUAGAAAACACAAAUUCGAAAUCCUGACGCUGGUCCUGCCUCUUGCAAAGUCGUCCAGCACAAUGGAUAACAGAAUAUUGUUAUCUUGUAUGAGCGGAUCCUAUUGCAACGAUGACUCGCGGAAGCUGAUCCUCCAAACAUUGGCUUGGAGUUUCAACUGUUUAAGCAGUGGUCUCUACCCAUAUGAUGACCCUUGGGGAAGAUCUUUCACAAAGGACUACUGCAAGAGCAGGUGGGCCCUGAGAGGGCAGCCCAUUGCAGCUGGUUACCGUGCCAUCUUGGAGGGACUCCAAGGGGACCAAGAUUUCAUUAGAAUUCUUUUCUCCCCAUCCCGAUUUUUCUCGCGUCAAUUCUGCUGUUAUUACUGCAGAGCCGUUCAAUGGGUCUAUGAGGAUGAAAACCAGGAAUUGGCUGAGUACUUGUACACAAAUUUUGGGCGACAAGCACCCCACAGGAACACGCUAGUCACCCUCGAAGAAUGGCUGGAUGUGAAUGGCCAUACUCCGCUCACGACCAUUGACGGCUGGUCCCCGUGGCGAAUCUUUCCGGAUGUGAUGCAUAUUACCCAUCUGGCUUUGGCAACGGAUGUGAUAACUUCGUGCCUUCUCGAUUGGACUGACGACGGAUUGUAUUAUCCUGGAACUUCCCGGGGCAGACGCCUUUCUGAGUUAUGGAACAGUUACCGAGGCUGGUGUGAAACUCAAGACUUUGCCCUUGGUGACAGGGCCCAAAGGAAGUUGUUCACGUCCAAUGUGUUGAGGCCAGAAAGUGGGAAAUACGUUGAGAUCAGUGAAAAAACAUUAAACGCAACAGGGGCCCGCUACAUGUUGUUCUGGCUGUCCAGCAUUGCUAAGCAAAUUGCUGAGUGGUCACACACAGAUCAAGAUAUGUACAGAGCUGGAGCCGCUGCUGGUUUGGCGGAGAUGGAGCGGGUGAUGUUGCAGAGCGACCGGUUUCACACCCCAUCUGAAUGGCGGCAAUUCGAAGAGGCCUACUUGGUUUAUAGGUCUGCCAAUAUGAAGUUGGGUGCUUUGGCCCUUGAAAAGUGCCAGCUACGAUGGCGCCAGCGUCCAAAAUCUCAUGCCCUAGAGCAUGGUGUCUAUGAUUUCAGCAUGAGAAAUUUGAGGUACACAUCAAAUUACCUGGACGAAGAUUUCGUUCGUCGGUCAAAGCAGCUGGCAGUGAAAUCCAGUCCCAAGUUUGUUUCCAGGCAUGUGCUGUUUAGAUACAGCAUAGCAGUCACUUUACGAUGGACGGGCAUGGGGCCACAGUGA